GCAAUCCGAUCGCAGUGGCCACCAGAUUCCUACCACGUCAACAAGUGUGAUAAUAAAAAAAAUCAGCAACCCGAGAUGGACCUCGAUUGGACGCAGCUGCUGGCGAUCGCAGCAAUCGUGGUCAUAAUUUAUCGCUGGUUAACCGGUGACCAUGAUUACUUCCACCACAAACCGAUUCCUUCGAUGGCGGUUCGACCCAUUAUGGGCAGUACCGGACCGCUUCUUCUGAAGCAGUGCACCUUUCCGGAGUUUAUCCAAUCCAGCUACAAAAAGUUUGCUGGUGCUCGAGUAUUUGGGCUGUUCGACACCAACAUUCCGAUGUACGUGAUUUGCGAUCCGGAUCUGAUCAAGCGAAUUGGCGUCGCCGACUUUGACCACUUCAUGGAUCACCGACCUAUCUUCGGAGCUAGCAAUUCGGACCAUCCGAAUCUGCUGUUCGAGAAGACCCUUUUCGCGUUGACCGGCCAAAAGUGGAAGAAUAUGCGAUCGACGUUGAGUCCGGCCUUCACUGGGUCCAAGAUGCGCCAGAUGUUCAAAUUUGUGGUGGACUGUAGCGAGAGUAUGGUUCGUUUCUAUCAGAGUGAACCCCAAGGAACGUCGCACGAAAUGAAAGACGUGUUCUCGCGGUUUGCUAACGAUGUGAUCGCGACUUGUGCUUUCGGGAUCGAGGUGGAUUCUUUGAGGAAAAGAAACAACGAGUUCUACGUGCAUGGGAGUAAAAUGCUUCGGCUGACUAGGCUGAGUGUUGUGGCGAGGCUUCUCGGGUAUCGAUUUGCGCCUACUUUGAUGGGUAAGCUCGGGCUGGAUAUCAACGACCAAGAGCAGAAUCAGUACUUUUCAUCGUUGGUGAAGGAAACGGUUAAGAUAAGAGAUGUGCAAGGGAUCUUGCGUCCGGAUAUGGUGCACCUGUUGAUGGAGGCCAAGAAGGGUACGCUGCACCAUCAGGAAGAGAUCGAGCAUAACAAGGGAUUCGCAACGGUUGAGGAAUCAGCUAUGACGAAAAUGCGAUCCAUGAACUCAAUGACCGAAGUCGAGAUGAUCGCACAGUGUUUGAUGUUCUUCUUGGCUGGUUUCGAUACGGUAUCGACUUGUCUGACUUUCACAGCGUACGAGUUGGCGUUGAAUCCUGCAAUACAGGAUAAGCUCUACGGAGAAAUUAAGAAAAUUCACGAAGCGAUGGGUGGGAAAUCUCUGGACUACGAAACACUUCAAAAAAUGACCUACAUGGACAUGGUGAUCUCGGAAGUGCUUCGAAAGUGGCCAGCCAUUGCCGCCCUGGAUAGACUUUGUGUGCAAGAUUACGAAAUGGACGUCGGCAAUGGGCUGAAGUUCACCAUCGAUCGAGGCAGUGGCAUAUGGAUCCCGAUCCACGCGAUGCAUCAUGAUCCCAAGUAUUAUCCAGAUCCCGAGAGGUUCCUGCCGGAAAGGUUUAGCGACGAGAACAAGGCUAGCAUUAAUAUGGGUGCGUAUCUUCCGUUUGGAAUUGGACCGAGGAAUUGCAUCGGUUCCCGCUUUGCUCUGAUGGAGGUCAAAGCGAUCGUGUAUCAUAUGCUUUUAAGGUUCAGCUUUGAGAGGACCGCCAAGACGCUGGUCCCGGUAGAAAUUGUGAAAGGGUUUGCUCCACUCAAACCCAAAGAUGGUGUGUUUCUGGAGUUUAGACCAAGAGAUGCGGUAUGAAAUGUGAUAAAAAUGUGAUAAGGGUAUUUUGAUUACGUUACCUGAGUGGUUUGUGAUGCUUCGUAGGAAAUUGUUGGGUAAUUCUGUAACGAAAGAGAUAAAUAAAUGAGAAUAGAUUAUUGUUGUGCUGCUGUGUAAAAUUGGGUCUGAAGCUGCGCUCUUAAAUAUUGAUACACAGAUAAAGUGAUCAGAUAUUAUAAUAAAUCUUUGAGCUGUUGAGUGGAAUAC